AUGGCGCUGCUCCGGGAUCCCUUCGCGGGGUACCUGGCCUCGCUCCCCUCGCCACCGCUCGUGCUCGUCUCCGAGUUCUUCCUCAGGUUCACGCAGCGCGUCGCCGGCGUCCCCCGCGUGAUGUUCCACGACAUGUCCGCAUUCUCCUUGGCGCUCUGCUUCUCCCUCGCGACCAGGCCACCCCCAGUCGAGAGCAUCCAGGACAGCACCCCCUUCAUCGUCCUGAGGUUCCCGCAGAGCGUCACGAUCACCGCGGACGAGGUCCCACACGCCGUGGCUCAGGACGCCGACCUCGAUGACCUGGUGACACAGUUCUUGUUCGACGAUCUCAAGUCAUUCUACCUAGUUGGCCUGCUGUUCCUCGCCACCGGCGAGUCGUGA